AUGACUCCGGAAAAGCAGUACGCGAUUCCAAGGGGAGCUACUGUCCUUGUGACGGGUGCAAAUGGCUUCAUCGGCUCCCAUGUUUGCAAUGAGCUACUGCAAUUAGGGUUCAGGGUCCGCGGAGCUGUCCGUGAUGUGGAACGCUGCAUGUGGUUAUCAAAGGCUCUAGAGAGCCAGAAUCCAAAAGGAGGGUUUGUGUUAGUCUCGUUGCCUGACAUGGAGAAAGAAGGGGCUUUCGACUCCCUCGUUGAAGGGGUGUCUGCGGUAAUACAUGUUGCCUCGCCGUUUUCUUUCAGUUCGAACCCCGAGAGCGUCAUCCCCAGCAGCGUCAAUGUGGCAAUCAAUGCUCUCAAAGCUGCCAACAAGUCCCCGAGCGUGAAGCGCUUUGUGUUCACCAGCUCAGCUGUUGCUGCAGCCCUACCCAAACCAAACAUGAGUGGGAUCGUGGUGACUGCUGACAGUUGGAACACCCAUUCAGUUGGGAUCGCGUGGAGGGAGGCACCGUGCCACCCUCAGCGGGCGUGGCAUGUGUACGCAGCUAGCAAAGUUGAAGCAGAAACGGCGGUGUGGAAAUUCAACUACGAGAACAUACGUCGCCGGUAUGAUUUGGUAAUCAACACAGUGCUCCCUGGUACGAACUUUGGAAAGACCCUUGAUGUGGUCAACCAAGGUCACCCUUCCACAUCGUCAUUUAUCGAGAGCCUUUGGAAUGGGACACACUUGGAUCGACUUGCAUCUAUUCCCCCGCAGUACUUUGUGGACGUCCAAGACACUGCCCGGCUCCACGUGGCUGGGGCUGUGCUCCCAAACGUUAGGAACGAACGGAUUUUCGCCUGGGCAGACACAUUCAACUUCGAUACAGUCCUCGGGAUUUUGCGAAAACACUUUCCCGAGAAGAACUUCGUGGAUAACUUUCACCACUAUGAAGAGACGUCCACCGCAUCUGAGCUCCGGUCGCGGGCGUCGGAUCUACUGAGGCAGCUAGGGAGAGAUGGCUUUGUUCCUUUGGAGCAGAGCGUUCUUUUGAACAUUGAGGACCAAAAUAUGGCUUAG